ACAUCCGGAUUACUUUCCUGCCCUUGUAAUCCCUUCCUUCUUCUCUAGCCAAUGAUCUCCGUUACCUUUGGAGGGGUGGCGUGUCAGGAAGCUAAAAUGAAAGUUUUGCUUCUUCUGGCAUUUAUUGCAGCUUUGUCAGCGUUUCUGCCCAGUCAGACGUCUCCAGUAACUGCCCUAGAAGCCCAGAACUCUACCUUUUCCAGGCUAGGAAACAUGGACAGCCUUUCUGCAGCAAACACCACCUUUGCCCUCAACCUCUUCAAGAAGCUUAGUCCAAAUGAUUCUACCAAGAACUUGUUUUUUUCUCCAUUGAGUAUGUCUUCUGCGCUGCUAAUGGUCUCAUUGGGUUCCAGAGGUAACACAGAAGCUCAGAUGUUAAAGGUGCUAUCUGUAUCCAAAGAUGGAGAGGUUCACCAAAGAUUUGAGAAACUCAUUUCUGAAAUCAACAAACCAGGUGCCAAUUAUAGCCUCAGUCUAGCCAACCGGCUCUUUGGAGAAACAUCAUAUGAUUUUCUUGCAUCAUUUCUAGAAUCCACUGAGAAAUUCUACCAUGCAGGUCUGGAGAAACUUAACUUUAAGCAAGCUGCAGAAGAUUCAAGAAGACAUAUAAAUGCCUGGGUAGAAGAAAAAACCGCAGGUAAAAUUCAGAAUCUGCUUGCCCCAGGAAUAAUUCAUUCACUUACAAAACUGGUUUUGGUGAAUGCUAUCUAUUUCAAGGGAAACUGGGCAAAUCAGUUCAACAAAGAUCACACAGAGGAAAGGCCAUUCCAGAUUAACAAG